AUGGCCCGCUCGACCUUCGCACUCCUUGCCGUGGCAGGCCUCGCUUCGGCUGGCAGCCUCAUGGCCCCGCGACAGGAUAACGAGACAAAGGCUGCGGUCGACAUUACUGCGCUGAACAAGAACGUCUCGGCGACGUCUGGGUCGGGCGCCGUUAGUGCUGCGGGAACGCUGGCGCCGUUUGGGGGGAUCGGGGUUGGGGGUGGCCUGCAAUCUGGCUCUGAAGCCUUUGGUCUCGGCGGUGGGUUCACCAUCACCAAGGACACGAUGAACAUUGGUCUGGGUAUCGGCAUCAACCCGAUCAACUUUAACUCCAGCGUCAGUUACGAGGCAUCGACCAACGGCACUGUGAGCUUGGUAUUCACUUCGACUUCGGCGAUUAAGUGCGAGGAGACGACUGUUGAUGGGGUUAAGGGCGUCAAGUGUACUUCAACCUAA